UGCGUGCGACGCGCGGCGCUCGGCUACUGCGCCUGUGUGUGUUUUUUGGGUGAAUGUGUCAAAUCGGGGCGUUUGUGCUGUUCCGCAAUGACAGUGCUCAUGGAUUGCGGCAAAGGGCUGCAGAAAACCUUCGUUAAAAAGGAGAUAAAAAUAUAGGAAUCACAUUGCAUUGAAUUUACUGGAGGGAAAUGGUUUUAAUGAUGGAAUCCCAGUGCGAGUAUUUCAUGUAUUUCCCUGCCGUGCCUAUUUCAGACUUAUCGGACCCGGCGAGGUACCGCUCUUUGCCCCGCCGGAGUCACCUCUACCUCGGCGAGACGGUGCGCUUCCUGCUGGUGCUGCGCUGCCGGGACGCGGCGGGGAGCGGCGGUGACGGAUCCGCGGCGGACUCGCCCAGCAGCAGGGCUUGGAGGGAACUGGCCGGCUCGCUGUGCGCGGUGGCUAGUGUGAGCCCCGGCGAGGGCAGGCAGCGAUCCCAGCCGCAUCACGACUACCACAGCAGCGGGGACGAAGGGGCGGCGGAGGCCGAGGAGGAGGACCCUGCGCCGGGCAGGACGGACGCGCGGUGCCGGGGGUUCCGGGACUGCAAGCCGCUGCUCAUUCACAACAACACCGGCAGCGGCGGGAGGGAGUACCGGCGGGCGCCCUUGCAGUCUCCUCUGGACGAGCCGGUGGUGCUCAGCGAUGAGGUCAUCUUCCCUCUGACCGUGUCCCUGGACAAGCUGCCGGUCAGCACUCUCAAGGUCAAGGUCAUCGUGACGGUGUGGAAGCAGGAAGUAGAGAAGGCAGAGGUCCAGGAACACGGCUAUCUGACCAUCCUGCAGCACCGCAGCCCUGCCCACAUUUUCCGGGACGACCUGAACACCUUCAAAGCGCAGGUGAGCACAACCCUGACGGUCCUCCCACCCCCCUCAGUGAAGUGCCAGCAGAUGACAGUCUCUGGGAAACACCUCACCAUGCUGAAAGUCCUCAAUGCAUCCUCUCAGGAAGAGGUCUGUAUUCGUGAUGUCAGGAUCCUGCCCAACUUCAACGCUUCCUACCUUCCCAUGAUGCCCGAUGGCUCGGUGCUCCUCGUUGACAACGUCUGCCACCAAUCAGGUGAGGUUACCAUGGCAUCAUUCUACAGAAUGGACAGCCUCUCCUGCCGCCUACCCAGCAUGCUGAGCGCCCUGGAGGAGCACAACUUUCUGUUUCAGCUACAGGUCAAUGAGCAGUUACAGGAAGAUACCAAAGAGGGUCUGGAGGUGCCCCUGGUUGCUGUUCUGCAGUGGUCCACUCCCAAGCUGCCUUUUACCAACAGCAUCUACACCCAUUACAGGUUGCCCAGUAUUCGUCUGGACCGGCCACGGUUCGUGAUGACAGCGAGUUGCGAGUCUCCAGUCAGGGUCAGGGAGCGUUUCCGGGUCAGAUACACCCUGCUGAACAACCUGCAGGACUUCCUAGCGGUCAGGCUGGUGUGGACACCUGAAGGAGCACACAGCGGGCGAGGCCAGUGUGCGGAGGAGUGCCAGUCAGUCAGCUCGGUGGUGUGCCACACUCCCCUCAGCAACCUGGGGUACUGUCGCAAGGGCAGCACCCUGUCCUUCACCGUGGCCUUCCAGAUACUGCGCGCCGGACUAUUUGAGCUCAGUCAGCACAUGAAGCUGAAGCUGCAGUUCACCGCCUCUGUGUCGAACCCGCCGCCCGACGCUCGGCCCCUGUCCCGCAAGAACAGCCCCUCCAGCCCGGCCGUGAGGGACAUCCUGGAUCGGCACCAGGCCAGUCUGGGCAGGUCGCAGUCCUUCUCCCAUCAGCAGCCCUCGCGGUCACACCUCAUGAGGACUGGCAGUGUUAUGGAGCGUCGUGCCAUCACCCCUCCCGUCGGCUCUCCCAUUGGCCGCCCGCUGUACCACCCCCAGGACAAAGCCGUCCUCUCAUUGGACAAGAUUGCCAAGAGGGAGUGUAAAGUAUUGGUCCUCGAGUCUGUCAGUUAAACCGCACCGGUUCCUGAAUUACUCCAUGAAACAGCUCCGCCGCUCGCGCGCAUUCCCGCUCCCGCGCUGCGCAGCAGGUACGCAUGCGGACAGGGAUAAGCUCAAAAUGCCACAAGGUUUGUAUUCUUCUUCUUCUCCUUAAAUUCGUCGCAGACUUGGAAAACUGAAAUAUGUUGCAGUUUUUACUACUUUAUUUUAUAUUACUGUAUUUUAUGCUGGUUCAUUGUGGGGGAGGGUUAACGGUAUGUGUGUUGUUUUGGCGAUUAAAAUGUUAUAUUUUUGUGUUCGUCCCUCCUCUAGCCAGUCAGCGGUUGUAUUGUUUGGUGUAAAUGUAAUGGUGAGCGAUAGUUAACCGCAAAGACACAGUGACCACGCACACGCCGCAAAAAUGGCGACCACAGAUGAAAGGACAGAGGUCAUAACCUUAUCAACUCUCCCGAUAGCCGAUAACACCGCAGCUCUUUAGGACAGUACAAAUGUAUCGUAUUAAAUGACGAAGCUCGUAAAAUACUUGAAACUACUGAAAAAGGUGAAAUGAGUUGUAUAAACGAAAUAUUUUAUGGUUAAUACUUUUUGUUGUCAAUGUCGUUCAGAAAUUCACUGGAGUUACUGUAAAUAGACCUGGUGUGUAAACACUUAUCUGAAACAUGUUUUUUUUAUAUGCGUUUUUCUCGAAAACAAUAAUUGUUAUGAUUACAGUUUUAUUUGUCAUCACUGUAAAUUCCAAUGCUGUAUUAUGAGUCCUGUCACCGUCGUCUGGGUGAGUGGUGUGAGGGUGUGUGUGUGAAUUUGGGUACAGCGAGACCCUGUUUCACCUCUCAGCCAGCUCUUUUCUGCUGGGUUCCCAUCUUCCAUUAUAACCACUCCUGGGGGCUGUGUGUUUACAAGAUGGCUUCUGUUCUGGGGGCCACUGUUUUUGAGUUUCUCUGUCUGCUCGUUCACUUCUCACAAUCCCAUCUGUCUGUCUCGCGCCCGAGCUGCUAUCUCUCCACCUGUGAGUACAGUCAGUUACCCCCUCAACCCAACCCUCAGGCCUUUUGAUUGCCCAUGAAAUAUGAUUUUGAAAGUCAGUUUGUGGUUGAGAAGUAGGCACACAAUUAUUCACACACUCCUUUUGCUUUUGUUUAUCUGAUGCUUUGGCCACUGAAAUCAGGCCUCUGUCUCUACUGGCACAUCAUGGAUCGUCUCCCUAAAAGAAACGGUUGGUGCCGCCACUGUACUGCUGGUUUAGUAUCUUUAGGAAUCAUUUUUUCAUGAUAGGUGGAUUCUUGGAUCGGUCAACAUCCAACAGUAUUUUCGUCCUUUAUGCUGCUCUCGUGGAAGGUGGUUUUGUCUGUUUUAGUAACUGACUCGAUAACCUGCAAGCAUGGACAUGUUCUAGUAAAUUUGCACAAUCCCCACACAACAUUGUUUCUUUACAAGUAGGAAGAGGCGUGUCAGUUUAAACUUGAGAUUUAAGCAUCUCUCUCUGUCUUGUA